GGGCGAUGUUCCCUGUGCUCCCGGCUCGCCUGGGUAGGUCAAGGGGAGGCCGGCUGGAGCUGCGUGAUUACGGCUUGUUAGCUGCCGCAGACGAUCAGGCGGGGAGGCUGGUGCGUCCGACUGCUGUGGGCGAGAGGACCUUGAGGUUGGGAUAGGAGGGAGCCUGCUGCGGGGAAGUGGAGUGGGCGAGGGUGUCUGUGCCUGGGCCCCCCGCUGAGGUUGCCUUCAGAUCCUCAUUUCCGUCUUGGAGCUUGCAGACGUUUCGUGUUUUGAGAGGAAUCCUGGCUUCUGGAUCGGAAUAGACCCGCCAGCACCUAUCAGUAACCUACCACUGAUGUUUCCUCCUGCGUCCUUUUGACCCAAAAGUGCUGAAGCAGCUUUUUCUUAGUUUCUUCAGUGCCGUAGAAACACUUGGGUUUUAACCUUGGCUUUGCUAUUGCUUAGCCAUGUUGACUCAUGGACACAACUUUAUCUUUAACGGGGCAAUAUCAUUUUCACUAUUGAUUUCAUAGCAUCAUUGUGAGGAUCAAAUGACGUUAUGUGUAGAAAGAGCUUAGCAGCCAUAAAAUUAUUUAUAUAUAAAUUAUUAUUGUUGUUGUAUGUAUUUUUCUUAAAUUCCUGGUCAUCCUGGUUUUCACUAAAUCUUAUUGGUGACUUAUAAGCAAAUCAAUGAAUCAGAUCCUUUCAUUUGAUUAUAUAACAUAAGAGUCUGAAAAAUAUAUUGCCUGACCCUAAAUUUUCAAAAUGAGUAUGCUCAUCUUCUCGUGGAGUUAAAUGAAUUGAUUUUCCUGGAAAGUUUAGGUAUGUUCAGUGCUCCCAAAGCCUUUACUCUUUCUUAUUUUUGAAAGUAAUUUAUUUUGGCUCAGCAGUGUCUAGAAACAGGAGGAGAACAAGGACAAAUUUCUCCAAACUAGAUCUCAAUUGGAAGAUGAGUAGAUUUGGGGGAAAAACUGCAACUGUACGGUCAGGGGAAGCUAUGUCCCUUGGCCCCCCGAUUCCCCAUAUGGAGGAUGAGCUUGUCAUAGUGAACUUGGAGAAAAAGGGUUGUAGAAGGGAGCAGAACACAAGCAUUCAAGAGAGCAGCCCUCCAAAGCAGAACAUCUUCCAAAACUUUAGGCAGUUUCGUUACUGUGAAGUUUCGGGUCCUCGAGAGGCUCUGACUCGCCUACAGAAUCUCUGUUGGGAAUGGCUGAGACCAGAGAUUCACACAAAGGCACAGAUCCUGGAGCUGGUGGUGUUGGAGCAAUUCUUGACCAUUCUCCCUGAGACACUCCAAACCUGGGUUCAGAAGCAUUGUCCUGAAAGUCCACAGGAGGUGGUGACCCUAUUGGAGGAUUUGGAAAGAGAGCCAGAUGAAUCAGAUCAGGUCCCCACCAAUGCACCAAAAAGACCAGUGUCUUCAAAAGAGACAGCAGCCCAGGGAGCAAUGCAGAAAUUUGAUGUACAUCUCCAACCCAUGGAAACCCAGUUUAAGACUAUGCCCUGCCCCCUACGGGAAAAUGCCACUUGUAUUUCUGCCCUUCCUCAAGAGAAGCAGCACCCUGUAGUCCUAACAGUAACACUCUUGACCGCUGAGCCCCGGGAGUUGUUGACGUUUGAAGAUGUGGCCCUGUCUUUGACUCUGGAGGAGUGGGUACAAUUGGACCUGCAUCAGAAAGACCUCUACAGGAAUGUAAUGCUGGAGAAUUAUGAGAAUAUUGUCUCAUUGGGAUUAUCAUUUUCCAAACCUGCUGUGAUUUCCCAGUUGGAACGAGAGAAAGAACUAUGGCUUUUGGAUAUUCAGGGAGCUGAGAAUAGAGAGGUCUGGGAAAGUAGCAGCCCAGGUGGUGAGACCAAGACAGCAACCUACAAGCCAGCCUCUAAGCGAGAGAGUUCUGAAGAAUUUCAUUCAGAGAGAUUGAGAAAACCACAGAAGGAAGGUCCCCAAUUACAUACAUUUGGAGAAGUCUUUGACCAUCAAGGCAAAUUAAAAAGUGUACAGGGAAGACACCCAGGGGAGAAACUAAAGGGAGAGAAGGAAACUCUCAGAGAAGUGACUAUGAAGGAUAAAAAUAGUCUCACAGAAAAAAGAUGCCAGCAUUAUAAGGAAUAUCAGAAAAGCUUCUGUCUAAAAGUUCCUACAGGAGACAGAAAUGAUAAAGGUGAUGAACAUGGCAGCAGCUUCAGUCAGAACUUGGAUCUUAGUAAACAUAAAGAAAUUGACCCAGGAGAGCAUCCUCACAACUGGAAUGAGUGUGAGAAAAGUUUCAUUCUUUCAUUUGUUGAGCACCAACUUAUCCCCACUAGAGAAAAAACUCAUCAGCAAAGCAUUUCAGUCUCCCGUGAAAGGAAUUGCCAGAGAACUCAUACAAGUGAGGGGCUUAAUGAAUAUAAUGAAUGUGGAACAAGGCUUAGUUCUAGUUUAGUCCUUAAUGAUUCUCAGAAAAUUCAAGCCAAGGAGAAACCUCAUGUAUGUGAUGUCUGUGGAAAAACUUUCAGUUGGAGAUCACGGCUUAUUCAGCAUCAAAGAAUCCACACUGGAGUGAAACCCUUUGAAUGUGAAGAGUGUGGAAAAUUCUUCAGUGAGAAAGCAUACCUUAUCCAACAUCAGAGAAUUCACACUGGGGAGAAACCCUAUAUAUGUAGUGACUGUGGGAAAGCCUUUAGUUAUAGAGCGCAGCUUUUUCUACAUCGAAGAAUCCACACUGGGGAAAAGCCCUAUAAAUGUAAUGAAUGUGAGAAAGCCUUCAUUCAGCGCUCAAGGCUUAUUCAACAUCAGGGAAUACACACUGGAGAAAAACCCUUUGGGUGCAGUCAAUGUAAUAAAUAUUUUAGAUAUCGCUCAAAUCUUUUUAAACAUCAAAGAAUCCAUACAGGAACAAAACCCUACGAGUGCGAUGAAUGUGGGAAAGCCUUUAGACAGAGCUCACGGCUUAUUCAACAUCAGGGAGUCCACACAGGAGAAAAGCCCUAUGAAUGUAAUCAGUGUAAUAAAUGUUUUAGUUAUCGCUCAAAUCUUUUUAAACAUCAAAGAAUCCACAGUGGAGAGAAACCAUAUGAAUGUGAUAAAUGUGGUAAAGCCUUUCGACAGUCUUUUGAUCUUAAUAGACACAGGAAAAUCCACACUGGGGAGAAACCCUUUGAAUGUGAUGCAUGUAAGAAAAGCUUUAGUAGGAAUUCGCACCUUAUUCGACAUCUCAGAAUCCAUGCUGGAGAAAAACCCACUGAUGCAGUGAAUGGCAUGUAAAAUUUUAUUGGUUCUUUAUUCAGUCUCUGCAGAUUAAUGCAAGGAAGAAAAACUGAAAUAACUGAAAUGGGAAACCUUUCAUUGUAAGGUAUUUACCUAAUUCAGCAUUUGAGAAUCCAGAAAGAAAAAAAAUUCUGAGCAUGAUAUCAUUCCUGCCUUGCUUCUUUAGUCGAUCACUUGUCCUUGAUACCUGUCAGCUUUGGGUAUUAAAUAGUGGUGCACCUUUGAGGCUAAGGGCAAGGAGAAGGGACCCAUAAGCAGAAUAGCUCCUUGAGCUGUGCCCUAUGUAUAUCCAUUUGGGGGCCAUCUCCAGGCCUGAUCUUGCCACUGGACCCAGAUGGCUCCAGAGAAGAAGGUGAGGCUG